CUCAAAACUCUACAAAUUACAGCUCAAAUUUGAGAGGUUUUCAUAGCCACUGCGAUGUCGUCGUCCAUACUAAUUCAUGAAAGCAGGUUCAUUGGCCCCACAAGACCAUAUAAUUGCCACAGAAGCAAAUGUGGAAUGAGCAGGAUGGGUUUUGCUUUUGCAGGAGUUGCAGCUGCAGGACUCCCAGUCAUGGGUUUUUCUUUGGCUGCUCAGCCAGUUCAAGGUGUUAAAAGACUGGAAUGUAAGCCGGAGGGGUGCAAUUUUUGGACAUGGAGGGGUCACAAAAUACAUUAUGUAGUACAAGGAGAAGGGCCUCCGGUUGUUCUUAUUAUUCAUGGUUUUGGUGCUUCUGCAUUUCACUGGAGGUACAAUAUUCCAGAGUUGGAAAAAUAUAAGGUUUAUGCUAUAGACUUGCUGGGGUUCGGAUGGAGUGAGAAAGCACUUGUUGACUAUGAUGCAUUGGUUUGGAGAGAUCAGGUGGUGGAUUUCUUGAAGGAGAUUGUGAAAGAACCGACAGUUUUAGUUGGAAACAGGUGUAUAAAAACACCGCCAAUGCGGAUGACUAUCUGGUGGAGUCCAUAGUAAUGCCAGCAGCUGACCCGAACGCUGGAGAAGUCUUUUACAGAUUGAUGACCGGGUUCAUGAGAAACCAGACCAAUUAUACUCUUGACAGUGUCUUAAGCAAGCAAGAUGUCUUGUCCGCUGUUGUUGGUCUGGGGGGACUUGGAUCCGUGGGUAGGUCCUGCCAAGGCUAACACCAUCAAAGCAUUUUAUCCAAAUACAACUUUGGUAAGUCUGCAGGCCGGGCACUGCCCACACGAUGAAGUUCCAGAGCUUGUCAAAACGGCUUUAUUAGAUUGGUUAUCAACUUCGCCACUCAAAACCUCUCUCCAAACAGUCCGAACAAGAAGUAUGUAGCACCACCCCUCAUGUUUGAUUCGAGGAUUAAUACUUUGCGAAUGUAAAAUUGUAAAUUCGAUAUAUCAAUUACUUCUUGAGGUUA